AGAGUUGAAAAUACAGUUCUAAAGAUAAGACCCCAGUAGGAAAAUGAGCCUAGGAUGCACAAACUUGACCAAUCACUUCCUGUUUUACAGUGUGGAACAGAUCAACAACCUGAGAGAGAUUCAAGCCAUGCGGAGGCUUCAUCCUCAUGCAAAUGUCAUAGAGUUGAUAGAAGUCAUAUUUGACAAGAAAACAGGGACAUUAGCUUUGGUAUGCGAGCUCAUGGACAUGAACAUCUAUGAACUCAUCAGAGGUAGAAGACAUUACCUUCCUGAGCUGAAAGUCAAGAACUACAUGUACCAAUUGUGCAAAUCCUUAGACCAUAUGCAUAGAAAUGGCAUUUUUCAUAGAGAUGUGAAGCCAGAAAAUAUUCUAGUUAGGCUGAGUCGCAGAAGGGAUGGGGUUCCUCAGGAUGACCUAUUAAAAUUAGCCGAUUUUGGAUCCUGUAGAAGUGUCUACUCCAAACAGCCAUACACAGAAUACAUCUCAACGAGAUGGUACCGAGCUCCUGAAUGCCUGUUGACAGAUGGGUACUACAGCUAUAAGAUGGACCUCUGGAGCGCAGGCUGUGUCUUCUUUGAGAUUAUGAGCUUGCACCCCCUGUUCCCAGGCUCCAAUGAGGUGGACCAGAUAGCAAAAAUCCAUGAUAUCAUGGGAACACCUGAUCAGUCUGUGCUCAACAAGCUUAGGAACAAAACAAGAGGGAUGAACUUCAAUUUCCCCCCGAAGAAAGGCUCAGGGAUAAACAAGCUGCUUCCGCAUGCCUCGCCCGAGUCCAUAGACUUGAUAUACCAGAUGUGCACAUACGACCCUGACGAGAGAAUAACAGCCAAGCAGGCACUCAGGCAUCCAUAUUUCAAGGAUAUGAGGGAAGCUGAGAAGAGACAAGCAGCCCUGCAGAAGGUGGAAAACCGUGCCAAGAACGCGGACAAGGCAGGCGGCGACAGACCGGGGUCUGGUAGAACAGAAAUCUCUAGAAUUUCAGACACGACAACCAGAACGGAACAGCUCGCUCAGCAGCGAAGACGGAGGAGAAACAGAAGACUAGAAGCCCAGCAGGCUAACCACCAGACAGGCUUCAUGUUACCAAAAGUCCCCCAGAGUAACGCCCUGUCCAUCCAUAGUACAACCUUCCCAAACAGUUCCUUCCCCACCCACUCCAUCGUUCCCAAACUGCCAGUCCCUGGUGCCACCUCUACAUCCACCUCCACCAUGCUCCCUGCCAUCAUGAGCUCCCAUCCCCAGCAGAAGGCCAGGAAACCCAAGAAUCACCAGCUGCCUACCAAGAAUGUGUUUGGUCACUAUCAGCUGCCCUCUAUUGACCGGCGGGGAGCAGGCUUCUGAUCAGGACAUCAUUACUAGCAGGGUGGGAGGAUCAGUCUUACAGGCAUGGUACCAAGACCAUGACUGGACCGCCAGGAACUUUCCUUUUACCAUUCCUGAUGUUAAUGAUACCAUAGAAUGUCCAAGGAUGCUCUUGUUCUUAGUGACAUAGACUAAAUCCGGGAGGACAUUGUCACUGUUUUAUCAGUUGUUGUGUUCUACAACUGAAAUAUUUUAGAUGGAUUUCAUUUUAUAUCUUUUAAUCAAGUCUUAUAUGGAGGGUCACAUUGUUUUUUGCCUCUGAUCAUGUAAAGAGGAUACAAGAAACUUUUACCCUGUUGUCAUUGUUCUGCUCAGAUUGUCUCAAUGUCUAAUUUUGAACUGGAAUUUUUUAAAAAUCUGUUUGCUUCCGUCCUUUUACUUUGAAUAUUUGGGGAGGUGGAUUUCUCUGUAGUUUGGAUUGUUUUUGGUCCAAAAUAUCAUUUCUUGGUACGGAACCUGAUUUGGGCAACCAAGUGUGACGAGGGUCAGGAAUUUUAUUUGAAUGAGUUUAAAAAGUAACAUAUCAAAUAGCAGUUCAUGUUAUGCUGCUUGAUGUUGGUCAGGUCAAUUGUAUCAAUUGUACAGGUUUUUGAAGAAGAAGAAAUUUUGACUGCUGCAUUUUUUAAUGUACAGAGAUUGGAACAAUUGAAGUCAGUAUAUACUCUGCAGGGCUGACCAUAGUGAAUGGAAGGACAUAUUGUACAUAUAGAUAGAGCCUGUAAAAUGUUGCGGGCAAUGUACAUGUAUCUACUAUAUUUUAGAUAUAAAGUAUUGUCUUUAAAGAAAGUGCCAUUGUGAGGAAUUUGCUGUGAGGUAUUUUGAAUUUUGUACAUGGGUUGAUCAAUGAUAAAUACUCAAGAGCAGAAAACGUAAAUGUAAAUAUGCUGUGUUUUUUGGAGAUGUAUAUUUUGGCAUGUAUUUUUAUGGCUAGGGGAUACUCACAUUUAUAGCCAUCAUAGUCAAGUCAGAGUAAGCUGAAUCUUGAUGCAUGUGAAAUGGUUUAUGAAUGUAUGUUAUGAACCAUAAUUGCCAGUGUGCAAACAUUAUUACUGCGGAGGUGCCUGCCCACAGCUUGUAUGCAGAGUCAUGAAAAAUCCUAAUGUGUGCACAGUGCCACCUAGCAUAUCUCAAUAUCAGCACAGGUACUUUUAGCAUUUAAGUUUUCAAUUCUGGUUGCCAGGCACACAAUACAAUACACUUUCUUCCAAAAUCAAACACUUUCACAACAAGUAUACAUUGAUCUCUCUGCUGUCACAUUUAUAUGAUGUAAUGAUGGCUGUCACGUAUGCCAAAAAGGCUUCCCAACCAAGCAAGGUAGCCUGGAAAGUAGUGUGAUAUGUCAGAUUCCAUACUUCAAAAAUAUCUGAAAUACAUAUAUCUUUUAAUUCUUUUUUUUUUCUCCACUAGUUAUGUCAAUUUGGCGAGAAAUGCUUAAUUGAUGUAUACAGAGCACAUAUGUAAGUUAAUGGUAAUAAUACUUUUCUGUGACAAAUAUCUGCCGUUCUGACAGCAUUCACAAGGUGGCCUCCAUAAAGUUACAACCUGUCUUCUAUCAUUUCUUUCACUGGUGCCUGAUGUUCAAAGGGUGCUAGCUGCCAAUUUUCCUGUGUUCAACUGUCAAGUACUGCUAGUUUUUGUAGGAUUCUGUAAAUGAUGCUGGAUACAAUCAAUGAAAUAGCUUUGUAAUUUGUGAUAAUGUUUAUAAUUGUGUGACGAUUCUUUUGGGACAAAUGGACAGGAAGUAAAUGUUGUUGACAUUGUAUGUCAACCUAACAGUGUGAAAUGUGGCUCCUGUUUUAUUAUUGAAUUUCCUGUGUCUUUCUUUCUUAAAGUUUCCACAGCACACAACAGUACAAUACAAUAAACACUCUAGGGCAUGUCUGAAUGCACCAAAUGAACCAGAACUUUUCUAGGAUUUGGCCUAUAUUGGUAUGCUCAAUCUGAAUCUUCUAGAAGUGUAGUUUAUUCACUUACUCCAUUCAAACUAUACACCUGUUUGGAAAA